GGGAAAGCGGCUACAACGGCCGAUCGAUUUCGCGAAUUGCGUGAACUGAUUCUGCGUCAAAAUAAGAACAACCUACGCCAGACGGGCGUCGCCCGUUCUAUGCAGCCACCGCAAGCCCCGGCUACCUCUGCAUAACGCACUCCCGUCCGUUCCAAUCGCCGCUCGCCAUCAUGUCGGCCAUCUACAACACCGAGCCGCAGCCGACGGCCUCGGUCAUCCUCCACACCAGCCUGGGCGAGCUUUCGGUCGAGCUUUUCGCAAAGCAAACCCCUCUGACUUCGAGGAACUUCCUCCAGCACUGCCUCGAUGGCUACUACGACAACACCAUCUUUCAUCGCCUCGUUCCCGGCUUCAUCAUCCAGGGCGGCGACCCGACCGGCACGGGCAACGGCGGCGAGUCCAUCUACGACGGCGGGGCCUUUUCGGGCGAUCUCGAGCCAUGGCCCACGGACCAGAGGAGAGGGAAGAACGCCGGGGAGAUGGGCAUCGGUUUCAAGGACGAAUUUCACAGCCGGCUGAAAUUCAACCGACGCGGGUUGCUUGGGAUGGCCAACGACGGCACCCCUGAUUCCAACGGCAGCCAAUUCUUCUUUACUUUCGACAAAUGCGACGAGCUCAACGGCAAAAACACCAUUUUUGGACGGAUAGCUGGCGAUACGAUUUAUAACCUGGCAAAGAUGGGCGAGGCUGAGUUGGUGGAGGGCGGCGAGCGCCCCCUCUACGCCAUCAAGCUCCUCAAAACAGAGAUACUAGUCAACCCAUUUGACGAUAUGAAGAAGAGGGAACGCAUUGCGCGGCGGGAUGAGGUGGCGCCUGCCCCUGUCAAAAAGUCUAAGAAGAGAAAGGGCGCGAAGCAAUUGCUCAGUUUUGGCGACGAGGAAGGAGAUGCCGAGGAACUCCCACUCCUGAAGAAGCCAAAGUUUGACACCAGAAUCGUCAUGGAUGUGGACCAAGAGGAGCCUGCAGCCUUGCUGCCCAAGAAGAAGGACAAGAAGCCCAAGGCCGUGCCCGAGAAGGCUGCGCUCCCUGAAAGAACUUCGCCAGGUGAUAAGUCAGCCUCACGAGAUGUUCAGGAUGGACCAGAGGCUGGGGGCUCUCAACCUCAAGGACCGCCCAUAGCGCCACGCGUGCAACCAAGGUAUAAAAGCCCGUCGCCUGAGGCGCAGGAGACCAAAAAGAAGACCGCUCUGGAGAAGGCAAACGAAGAGAUUGCCGCAUUGAAGGCUUCGAUGCGACGGACAGUCCACGCCGAGCCGGUGCGAGAGGAAAAGAAAACGGCUCUUGAACAGAUGAUGCCAGAGACUUCCACUAGGGGCAGGAAGCGGAGACCAGGGGCGAACAUGACGGACGCUACAGAGGAGCAGAAGACAUUGGACCUACUCAAAGCCUUCCAGUCGAAACUUGUUGAGACCCCGGCAGCAAAAGGCUCGCAAAAGCACGAGCCCAGUGGUGCUGGCGCUAACGGCGGUGGGGAACCACAGGACAAGAAGCCCUCAGCAGACGAAGAGGGAGAAGUCUGCGACCUGCACUUCAUCCUCAACUGCCAAAGCUGCAAGGCCUGGGACAAAGUGGAGGGCGGCAAGCAGGAUGACGAGGACGACGGUGAUGCGGGUUGGAUGUCUCAUGCACUGAGCUUCGCUGCCGACAAACUAGGCAAGGACCUGAGCUAUCGGAAGAAAGCUGAGGAGGAGCUGGUUGUCAUCGACCCCCGUGAGAAAUCGCGAGACCUGAAGGAAGGGAGGAAGCACGAGCGGGAGACACGAGCGAAGCACUCUGGCGGACGGGCUUGGGAUCAAGCCCGCAGCGCGCAGCUGUCGAGGACAUCGGCGGCUGUAGGGAGAGGCGCCAAGUAGGUACUCGCGAUGCCGUCAUUGGCAUGUUGAUAUAUGUAAGUAGGAGGUAGUUAGAUACCCAGACGCAUGGAUUUAUCGAGACGCAAAACCUGAUCCAACAUCGAGUCUUAUCGUGAGCUACGCUAGCUGUCCAGCACCACCCCGCCCGGUCCUAGUU